GUAUUCCCAAGUUGUGCUAGCUGAGCUAUCUGCGAAGAAAAGAAGAGAAAAAUGGCUGGAGCUUUGAUCGGAGAGGCCUUUAUUUCUGCUUCCAUCCAGGUGAUUUGUGACAGAAUUGCCUCACCCGAGUUCAUCGACUUAUUUCGGCACAAGAAACUCGAUCAACCUCUCCUCAUGAAACUGAAGAGGACCCUGUUGACCUUGAACGCAGUGCUUGAUGAUGCAGAGGAGAAGCAAAUUGAGAAACCAGCUGUGAGAGAGUGGCUUGACGACCUCAAACAUGCAGUCUUUGAUGCUGAGGACUUGCUGGAUGAGAUCAACUAUGAAUCUUUGCGAUGCAAGCUGGAAGGUGAAGCUCAAACAGCGGACAAAUUUACCAACAAGGUGUGGAACUUCCUCCCUACUUCUCGUAAUAAGUUUUAUCAAAGCAUGAAUGUUAAGAUACAGGAGUUGUUACGAAAACUAGAAGACUUUGUACAACUGAAAGGUGCUCUUGGUUUGACAGAAGUUGUUGGGAGGAAGGUUUCACAAAGAACUCCAACAACUUCCUUGAUUCAUGAACCUUAUGUAUAUGGUAGAGAUGAAGUCAAAGAAAAUUUAUCAAAAGUGUUGUUCUCUGAUGAUGCAAGCGAGGAAAAUGUGUCUGUCAUCCCAAUUGUUGGAAUGGGUGGGGUUGGCAAGACAACCCUUGCUCGAAUGCUUUACAAUGACAAUAAGGUGAAAGAGUAUUUUACCCUUAAGGCUUGGGCUUGUGUUUCAGAAGAUUAUGAUGCUAUCAGGGUAACUAAAACUCUUCUCGAGUCAGUGACUUCAAAACCUUGUAAUAAGACAGAUCUGAAUUUGCUUCAAGUUGAGCUAAGUGAAGAACUGAGGGGGAAGAAAUUUUUGUUUGUAUUGGAUGACCUUUGGAAUGAGAAAUAUACUGAUUGGAACUACCUCCAAACUCCUUUUACUUCAGGAGCAAGGGGAAGUAAAGUCCUCGUAACAACAAGGAACAAAAAUAUAGCAUCUUUCAUGCAAAAUGUUCCUAUUCAAACAUUGGAACCAUUGUCGCAUGAAGAUUGCUGGUUCUUACUUGCAAAACAUGCAAAUAUAAAUUCUAGUUCACAUCCAAGCUUGGAAGAAAUCGGCAAGAAAAUUGCACGCAAGUGCAAUGGAUUGCCUUUAGCUGCGCAAACACUUGGCGGUGUGUUACGUUCAAGGCCAGACUCUGAGGUAUGGAACAGAGUACUAAACAGCAGUAUUUGGGAGUUACCUUGCAAGAAAAGUGACAUUCUUCCCGCUCUAGGAUUGAGUUAUCAUUAUCUUCCAGCUAAGUUAAAGCGAUGCUUUAUUUAUUGUUCAAUUUUGCCAAAGGACUAUGAAUUCAUGGUAGAAGAUGUUAUUUUUCUUUGGAUGGCGGAAGGUUUAGUUCCCCAAGUGGAGAAUGGGGAUAGCAUGGAAGAAGUGGCUAAGGAAUAUUUUGAUGAACUGUUAUCCCGAUCACUGUUUCAAACGUCGGGGAAAUCAAGUUUCGUUAUGCAUGAUCUCAUAAAUGACUUGGCGGUGUUCAUGUCUAAAGGAUUUUGCUCUAGGUGGGAAGGGAGGGAAUCACAUGAAGUAGAAAGAGUUCGCCAUUUGUCAUAUGCUAGGGAAAAAUUAGAUGUUGCUGUUAAAUUUGAGCCAUUAAAAGGGGCUAAGUGUUUGCGUACCUUCCUAUCUUUCUCUUUAAAAACAUAUUACAGGCAUAAAAGUUAUUAUGUAAGUAAAAAGGUUCUACAUAAUUUGUUGCCAUCACUAACAUGUUUACGGGUGUUGUUAUUGUCCUGUUAUGUGAAUGUCACUGAGUUACCUGAUUCCAUUAAAAAGCUCAUUCACUUGCGCUAUUUGGAUCUCUCCAAUACUGCAAUUGAAACAUUACCCAGUGUACUUUGCAGCCUGUACAAUUUGCAGACAUUACUAUUGUCAAAUUGUUCCCGUCUCGUUGAAUUACCUGCAGACUUGAGAAAAUUGAUAAAUUUACAGAAAUUAAUGUUGGGAGGUUGUAAGUCUCUUACUAAAUUGCCUGUAGGCAUGUGGGAAUUAAUUAAUUUGCAUCAUCUUGACGUGAGUGGAACUGAUAUUGCAGAGAUGCCAAUGCAAAUGAGUACAUUGAGAAGCUUGAGAACAUUGCCCGCUUUUAUUGUGGGCAAAUCUACUGGGUCGACUAUUGGAGAAUUGGGGGAGCUUCCACAUCUUAGGGGAAAACUUUCAAUUUUGCAGCUACGAAAUGUACUUGAUGCUAGGGAUGCCUUGGAAGCAAAUUUGAAGGAUAAGAAAGAUCUCAAAGAGCUAGAGUUGGAAUGGGGUAAUGAGGAUGCGGAUGAUUCCCAAAAGGAGAAUGAUGUACUGGAGAAGCUCCAGCCUUGGGUGAAUCUGGAGAAACUAACCAUCAGUGGGUAUGGUGGAAAAGAUUUCCCGAAGUGGCUAGGCGACUCAUCCUUGUCCAACAUACAAGUCAUGCGUAUUAGUUAUUGUAGUAAUUGUUCGUCGCUGCCACCGGUUGGGCGGCUACCUACCCUCAAAAAGCUUUAUGUAGGACAAAUGAAACUUGUUAAGACGAUUGGUGUUGAGUUUUAUGGCAGCACUGGAUCUUCUGUAAUUCAGCCAUUUAAAUCACUGGAGAAGCUGGAGUUUGUUGGGAUGGCAGAGUGGGAGGAAUGGGUACCAAGUGGAAGUAGAGGUGCAGACUUUCCUUGUCUCCAGAAGCUCGUACUAUGGGAGUGUCCGAAGCUGAGAGGAAGCUUGCCUUGUGAUCUGCCUUGCUUGAAGAAACUUACAGUUGAAGGGUGUGGGGUUUUACAUGAUCAAAGGGCCACUACUGCUACUAGUGAUUACAAAGCUCUUGAAGAAUUGAGAAUAGGAGAAGGAUCCGAAGCAAGAGCACCAACACUUGACGGUAAGUUCUCAUCACUAGAGACAAAGCUCCUGUCCAAACUUCAAUGUUUGGAACUAUAUACUUGUCCAACCCUGUCGUCGUUCCCUGAAGAUGGGCUACCUACUACGUUGACAUCCCUUGUGAUAGACUUUUGUAGGAGAUUAGAAUUACCUCAUGAGAUGUUGGCCAAAUUAACAUCGCUCGGGCAUUUGGCGAUAUUGAAUAGCUGUGAUUCAAUGAGGUCCUUCCCGUUGGGCAUUUUCCCCAAAUUGACGUCGCUUUUCUUUUUUAAUUGUAAGAAUCUGGAAUCCUUUUCCUUGACAGGAGUUGAUGAGAAUCUCAGUCGUCUCAUUAUCGCACAGUGUCCAAAUCUGGUGUGUUUUCCCCAGGGAGGAUUGCCCACUCCCAACUUGACUCAAUUGGAUGUUGAGGGAUGCGACAAGUUGAAGUCAUUACCUGAACGCAUUCACACCCUCACAGCCCUUCGAUCUUUGGGAAUAUGGGAUCUUCCAAAUCUGGAGUCAAUUGCAGAAGAUGGGGGUUUGCCUCCCAACCUCCGAGAUUUUAGGAUUAACAAUUGUGAGAGACUGAUGGCUUCAUCUUCAUCAGUGGCAGAGUACUGGGGUUUGCAAGGAGUUGUCUCCCUUGAAAAAUUUGAAAUUAGUGGCAGGGGAAGUGACGAAAUCUUGGAGACGUUGCUCAAGCAACAGCUGCUCCCUACCACUCUUCAACGCCUCAAGAUCAGUCAACUUUCAAGUCUGAAAUCUUUGGACGCAAAGGGACUUAAACACCUCACUUCUCUUUCUCUUCUGAGCAUCUCUGAUUGUUCUGCCCUGGAAAAAAGGUAUAAGAAGAAGACGGGAAAAGCUUGGGCCAACAUAUCUCACAUUCCAUGCAUCAAGAUAGGCGAAGAAGUGAUCAUAUGAUAUGAGCUCUCUCUCUCUCUCACACAUUCCUUGCAUCCGAUGUUUCACUCUCAACUCUCAAAUCAAACUCAGGACAGCAUACCUUCUCAUGGAGAGCUUUUCAUUUGCAAGGUUUCUUUGCAUGCCAUUUCCAGACGAGGAGUUUGCCAUUGUAUAUAGCCUUACAAUUGUUACAACGAGGAGAAACAGAGAGGCUUGCCUGGAAUAUCUCAAUUUGACGCAUUUCUGCAUACAGCAUCGAAUGUACAGCAUUUUUAGAAGCCUACUUUUGACAUAGGUGGCAUGGCACAAACUUGCAUCCUUGCUUCCUUCCCCAUUGGCAUAGGUGGCUUCUCAUCUUCAUUCUGUUACCAGCUUGAAGCUUGUGUAGAUAUGCUUUGCUCUUGUAGCUCUGAUCACAAAAAUCGGUUCACAAAUGGAAAGUCACGAUUGGAUCUAUUAGCAGAAGAUCUGGAGGGGAAGUGACAAUAUCUUGGAGAUGUUGCUCGAGCAAAAGCUGCUCCCUACCACUCUUCACACUCACCGCAUGAAUGAAAUUACAAGUCUGAAAUCUUUGGACAGAAAGGGACACCUCACUUCUCUUCAACACCUACGAAUGGAAAUCUGUCCUAGUCUCGAAUUUCUGCAACUUCAACACCUCCCUUCUCUUCAAAGGCUAUAUUAGUUGGUGUGACAAUCUCCAAUUCAUGCCAAAAGAGGGUUUGCAGCCAUCUCUUUCUUUACUGCAGAUCUACAAAUGUUUUGGCCUGGAGAAAAGGUAUGAGAAUAAGAUGGGAAAAGAUUGGGCUAACAUAUCUCAUAUUCCUUGCAUCCGGAUAAAUGAUCCAAGUUUUUUUUUGUUUUUUUGAAAACCCAAAACUCGACUUUGUUGGCUCAGCUUCCAAACUGGGGCCCACUGCCAUCUCUCUCUCUCUCUCUCUCACACACACACACACACACACAUUCCUUGUAUCCAAUGUUUCACUCUCAACUCUCAAAUCAAACUCAGUCUUUUUGCAGGACAGCAUACCAUGGGGAGCUUUACAUUUGCAAGGUUUCUUUAUGUGGCAUUCCCUGAGCAGGGUUCACCAUUGUAUAUAGCCUUUUGUUUUUCUGCAAAAACAAUUGUCACAGCAAGAAGAAACAGAAAGGCCCACCUGGAAUAUUUCAAUUUGACUCAUUUCUGCAAACAGGCAUCGAAUGGACAUCAUUUUAGGUGACAUGGCACAAAACUCGCAUUUGUACUUCCGUCCCAAUUGGCAUGCCGCCUCAUCUUCUUUAUACUGUUACCAGCUUGAAGCUUUUGUAGAUAUGUUAGGCUCUUGUAGUUCUGAGUGCUUGACAAAUCGAAAGUCGCAAUUAGAUCUUUUAGCAGAAGUUGUGGAGGAGUUAGCUUCACAGAAUGGAAAACUACAUAUGCCAUCUUCUUUCAUACCAUUUUGUCAAAAGUCCAUUCAUCCCAUUCUUCUUCAACAAGGCAGGAAGUUGUACUAGUCGCAUGGUUCAAUGGAGACUUGAGAAACUUUCCCUUGUUUGGAGGUCAAAGCAACUCAUGUAGGCAACCAUGCAUGAUUUCAGAGUUGAAGCUGAUGCUGUAAUCAUAAAUUUCACCUUAGCUGCUUCACUGUAAAUGCCUUUCUGUGCUUGCUUCUUCUGAUCAAACCAAGCGGUUUCAUACAUUGCAUGCAUUGUUUCAUCAGCAUUUCAGACGGAAAAUGGACCUUGAAUUGUCUUCUAAGCCAAUGGGUUUUUCUAGAACAGUGCAAUGGAAAAUUACUGAAUUGAUCUACACAAGGAGUAAACAUUUUUUCUAUUGGAUGCUGGAAGUGCCUCUUAUAAGUGGCUAAGUUGCAAUA